UUUCUAGUAGGAAUCCUAGCAGCGGCACACAGGAACUUAUGCGUCGAGAGUUACGUUUUAAACGGAGAAUGUUUGUGAGGCUGGUGGUGUUUCAACACUGGUAUUAAAAGUACACAUUUGCGUGGCUGAACAUGCCGAAGGUUGUGUCCCGAAGUGUUGUCUGCUCGGACACCAGGGACAGAGAGGAGUAUGACGACGGAGAAAAGCCACUUCACGUCUACUAUUGCCUGUGCGGCCAGAUGGUGUUGGUGCUUGAUUGCCAGCUUGAGAAGUUGCCCAUGAGGCCCCGGGACCGAGCCAGGGUCAUCGACGGUGGCAAACACGCUCACAAGUUCUGCAACGUGGAUGCGAGCGAAACCACGUACAUCAAGAGAGCCGAGGGCAUCGAGAAGCAGUACCGCAAAAAAUGCGGUAAGUGUGGCCUGUUUCUUUUCUACCAGCACCAGGAGAAGACCAACCAGGCGACAUUCAUCGUAGACGGAGCAGUGGUGAAGUCCGGACAGGGCUUCGGUAACAUCAGCGUCUACAGCCAAAAGCAGGAGGCUCCCAAAAAAGUCCGCGUGAUGAUGACAAAGCGAACCAAGGACAUGGGCAAGUUCAGCUCCGUGACAGUGUCCACCAUAGACGAAGAGGAGGAGGAGAUCGAAGCCAGGGAGGUGGCAGACUCGUACGCGCAAAACGCCAAAGUGAUCGAGAAACAGCUGGAGAGGAAGGGUAUGAGCAAGAGGAGGCUGCAGGAGCUGGCUGAGCUGGAGGCCAAGAAGGCGAAGAUGAAGGGCACCCUCAUAGACAAUCAGUUCAAGUAGGGGCGUCAGGGACAAAGACCGUGUACACCGGAACCCACUGGACUCUGCAGCGUCAGUGAUUUUUUUCUGUCAUGUAGGAUUUGUCCUGUUCUUAUCAGCAGGUUAUCUGGGGUCAUCAGCGCCCCAGUAAAGAGAGGACUGUGUUCGGCCAGAUAUAGAUAGAUACAGUCAUAACGAUCUAUGUGUUUUCUUACAGAUAGGGAAAUGCAAUAGAAAUCUUUUUGUGUUUAAAGUUUGAAAUUGGUGUUUUGGUUUCAAUUUAAUGAGUAAAUAAAAGUUUUUUAAAACAUUAA